UUCCCUUCUCUGACAGCCGACCAUGGGGAGCGGAGCGGUGGCAUCCUGUGUACCAGCCACGGCCAUGUCGCCUUGAUCUCGGUCUGCACCCGUCGCCGCCCCUUCUCCUUUCCCCUCGCCAGCCACUUGUCCCCGCCGCCAAACCAGGCUGACGUAGCACGAGCUCGGGAUUGAAUCGGACCAGACCCGGGUCGCGUCCUCGAGCAGGAGGUCGACGUGAGGGACGAGCCGCCCCGUCGCACUGCCGCGGUGGUGCCGCCCCCAAUCCCGGAUACCGACAAUGCCGGGUCCUGGAGUUGCCUGCGAUGGGGGCGUGGAUGGUGGAUCUCGGCGGGGACAGUGGAGGUGGGGGCGAGGGAGGCCGUGCCGCCGGCCAAGAGGAGGCAGGUGGUGGCCGUGCCGUCCUUGAAGACCGCGGCGGCGGCGGAGGCCAUCCAGCGGCUCUUCAAGCUGUGCCGCGCCGUAUUCACGGCCCUGGUCCGCGCCAUGCUCGGUACCACUACCAUAGCUCACCCUGCCGGAAAUGGGAAUAUCUUGCACAAAAUUGUAAUUAGCUCAUGGUGGUGAUUUUUGCAGACAUGAUGAGGCCACCAGGAAUUCUGCCUAGCCACACACAAAAAGGCUCCACAAAAGUGGCUUUACUUCUUCACAGCCAUGACUUGCAAUUGCAAGAUGAUCCUUGCAGCUCUGAACAGCUUACAAACACCAGUAACAGCUGAGGCCAGCACAAUGGAAAAGAGCAGGUCAGUGGCUGAUAUAAAGAGCUCUAUUUUGAUAUGUCUAGUUACUUCAUGUACCAGGCGUAAGGCUAGUAGAACUAAAUGAUUCAUAAGCUCUAUCAUAGUAUCGUAAACGAAGCAAUCGAUUUGACAAGCAAUGAAAGGAGAUCAUGAAGAGUAAGUAUACUUUUGGUCCUUGAGAUUCAUCACAGACGUCAUGGUUCCCAGGACAAAUGUUUGGAGAAGCCAUGUAGGAAACAAAAUGCCCGUCUCCUUCGGCCCCUAGGUCGCUUGAUACUUGCUUUUUGCCUCUGCCUGAUGUCCGUUUGUGGAUUAGCAGAGGUUUUUGUGUUCAGCCAAAACCUGUAUUUUCUGUGUUGGCGUCAAAAUAGUGAGAUUGGCGUCCUUUUUUUCGUCAGGAUUUAAUGUGGCGCCAAUAUUGCAGGGCAUUUCUUUGGCUGGAAAAGGGAUGAAAAGAACUGCUUUAAUUUCAGAAAUCAGAAAAUUAAAGCAAGUUUCAGAAAAUUGGCGGGGAAUUGGGGACCGAAUCGGAUUCAGAAAAAGGAAACCGUCCGUGUCUCUAUUUGGAAAUUUGACGCGUCCUCCGUCGCCUGCAAGUCCAUCGCCUAUAAAUAUCAGCACAUCCACACCACCUUUCUAUCCCAGAUCCCAAUCGCCCGCCCUGCCCUCGAUCGGCAUCAACCCUUCCUAGCUAGAAGCAGCAGCAGAUAGGGCAGCCGCCGGCCAGCUGCAGGAUGGAAGGGCUCGACGUCUUCCAGCACUACCGUCUGAAUCCUACGGAUGUGGACGCCGUGACUUACUACCUGCCACGCCUCAUCGCCGGCCAGCCGCAUGGCGCCGAGAAAUUCAUCCACCACGUCGACAUCUACAGCUGCGAGCCCAAGGAUCUCGCCGCCAAGAUUGCGCCCGUGCCGCAGGCCGCGAGCAGCGGCGACCGCUUCUUCUUCACCACGCGCAAGAGCAAGAACGGAAGCAAAACCCAGAGCGUGCGCACCGCCGGCGGCGGCACCUGGACCGUCAACGCCACCACGGCCGUCAAGCACGCGGGGGUCGAGGUCGGUGAGAGGAAGAACCUGUCCUUCAGGAAGAAGGGCAAGUCCACCGGCUGGGUCAUGGAGGAGUACCGAUGCUUGCUGCCAAAGGCCACUGUCGCCGACGGGGUGAAGGUGUUUUGCAAGAUCCACUUGGCUCAGCAUCCUCCUGACGCGGCCCGUCAAGAAUCGGCCGCGUACAUGCUUCAAGAACCGCAACGAGAGCCCGUGACUGUGAGCACGCACGCACAGAAGAGGCCAGCAACGGCUGCCACCGCCGAUCCUCAUCCGUCGCGCCCGAACAAGAGGAUGCGAGGAGCAGUCCCCGUCCCGGCACCUGCCACACCGUCGUUCUUGAUGUAUGAUGAGGCAGCCAGAGCAAUGUAUGGCCCGCUGGCUCGUACCAACUUCCCUGUUCAGGAUGCUGUGGCUGUACCAGCGGCAAUCGAAGGUGCUUCAGCAUCAUGCGAGUUCACUACAACAUCCUACCACUCGGACGUCGCUUCUUCCUCACAUGAUAUGCAGCGACAAGCUCAAGCUCCUGCUAUUUCGUCUCAGUCAGAUGUGCUGGAGUCUGUCAAGCAGUACAGCCAACAACAGAUGAUUGUUCCUGAGGCUGGCUCAAGCAUUGCAAGGAGCACAUCUGAAGAGGUUGUCUUUGAGCCAUUGGAGCCUGUUUCCAAUUUGCUGGAUGAGGAGGCAGAUGGUUUUGACCUUGAAGAACUAAUGAGAAUGAUGGAAGACGACCCAAUUGAAGUUGAGCCGGUCACUGGAGCCAGCACUGGCGUGGAGAUGGGCCAACAGGAACCUCUGUACCUGGAUACCUUGGACCAAGGCAGGCUGGAGGACAUGCUGCAGUCCGAUUGCCCUUACCCAAUGUGGUGGAGAUCAGAGGACGGGGCCAUGCACAACCCUGCCUCCCAUGAUGCUGACAAGGAGAAGAGGUACAAUGCCGCGUCGGAUCUUGACGCACCAUCGCUUCAGGGACACGACCACUUGUUCAAACCGCGGCCGUGCUUCUUCGAUCCAUUUGAAGCAGCGUUGAAGGCCGAAGAGGCGCUCGAGAAGGAGAAGAGGGACAAUCUUCACGCUGGACCGCUUGGAGGGCACAACAACUUCUUCUCGUCUGCAAGUGUCCAUUAAGUCCGAUGUUGAAAUUGUUUUCAAAGUGUAUAUGAGGAUACUCGUUGGCUGAUAUGUUAGUUCGUCCUUGUACGAUCGCCACAGAUGUACCUCUGAGCAAUUUGCUCCACUUGUUCAUGCAAGCUAAAACUAGUGUUGUUCUUCUUCUUGCUCCUGUGAUGGAUUUUUUUCUUCUGAA